AUGAAUUCGACCGCACCGGGACUCCGGUAUGAAGAUGUUGACCGGAAUCUUGAUUCCUGGACGAAAAGAAAGCGCUCAAAGCGUGCACGCAGUGAAAACCCACCGACGGAUGAAGAAUAUUUAGCCCUCUGUCUCGUCAUGCUAGCUCGCAGCGGUGGAGACGGAGGUGGCGCCACCGCCAGUCCCUCCCUUAAUACAACCAGUCCCACUAAGACAACAACUGAUUUUACCAAGAAGCAAACAGAAAAUUCGCCACCGCCAUCGCCACCGACGACGCAGAACCAGUCAUACAACUGCAGCGUGUGUAACAAGGCUUUUCCCUCGUACCAAGCCCUCGGCGGACAUAAAGCAAGCCACCGCAAGAACUCCACCGCCACCGCUUCAGACGAUGGCAAUACUUCCACAUCGACAUCUGCCAACGCCGCAAGCACCGCUUCUAAUGUAUCUGCUCUCAACCCAACAGGCAGACUUCACGAGUGCUCCGUCUGCCACAAGUCGUUCCCUACAGGCCAGGCUUUGGGUGGUCACAAGCGGCGCCACUACGAAGGCACCAUCGGUGGAGGCGGCGGGAGCUCUAAAAGCGGUGUCACCUCUUCCGACGGCGGUGUGGCCAGCCACAGCACUAGCCACGCUCCAAAGGACUUCGAUCUGAAUCUGCCUGCAACGCCAGAGUUCCAAUUGGCGUUGACCGUUGACUGUGAGAAGAAAAGUCAAUUUCUUGUUGAUCAAGAAGUGGAAAGCCCAUUGCCUUCCAAGAAACCUCGUUUAACCUUAUUUGAGGAUGGAUUUUAA